GUGUUCCGGUGUUCCCCCAACGUGUGUCGGCGACCUGACGUGGCGGGCACCUCCGCUGUGUCGAGAUCGGAAAUUCCCUGCAGCUCCAGCUACUGGCCCUCCUCGCCCACGCCACGGACUCCCCAACCAAUCCCACCCCGGCGCAACCACUCCGCGAGUCGCCUCCCACGACGCCGGCGGCCAGCACCACCGUGAGCCCGACUGCACUGACGCGACGGUGUCAUGGGCCUGGACUACUACAAGGUGCUGCAGGUGGAGCGGGGCGCCUCCGACGACGAGCUCAAGAAGGCGUACCGGAAGCUGGCCAUGAAGUGGCACCCGGACAAGAAUCCCAACAACAAGAAGGAGUCAGAGGCCAAGUUCAAGCAGAUCUCCGAGGCGUACGAGGUGCUAAGUGAUUCCCAGAAGCGGGCAGUCUAUGAUCAGUAUGGAGAAGAGGCGCUUAAGGGGCAGGUGCCGCCUCCAGGAGCAGGUGGGCCCAGUGGGUCUUCCUACUAUGGUGGGGAUGGAUCAACAUUCCGGUUCAACCCUCGGAGUGCAGAUGAUAUAUUUGCCGAGUUCUUUGGGUUCUCAAGCCCAUUCUCAAGUACAGGUGGAAUGGGUGGCAUGGGUGGAGGUGCAGAGAGGGGCAUGAGGGGUUCAAGGUUUGGGAUGUUCGGUGACGACAUGUUUGGGUCCUUCCCCCAGUUCCAUGGUGAGGCAUCAAUGCAUGCUCCACAACGGUCCCACAAGGCUGGACCGAUUGAGAAUCGAUUGCCAUGUAACCUUGCUGACUUGUACAAAGGUACUACCAAGAAGAUGAAGAUUUCACGGGAGAUAUUAGAUUCCAGCGGGAGAACCAUGGUUGUUGAGGAGAUCCUAACAAUUGAGAUAAAACCUGGAUGGAAGAAAGGGACAAAAAUCACAUUUCCUGAAAAGGGCAACGAGUCCCCGCAUGUAAUUCCUGCAGAUAUUGUAUUCGUAAUCGAUGAGAAGCCACACGAUCAGUUCACAAGAGAUGGAAACGAUUUAGUCAUGACCCAGAAGAUUUCCUUGGCAGAAGCCUUGACUGGAUGUACUGUUCAUGUAACAACAUUAGAUGGCCGAAACCUUCCGGUACCAAUCAACACCGUCGUCAAUCCUGGCUAUGAGGAAGUCAUUCCUCGAGAGGGCAUGCCGAUCCCGAAAGAUCCAUCCAAGAAGGGAAAUCUUAAGAUCAAAUUCAACAUCAAGUUCCCAUCAAGGUUGAUGCCCGAGCAGAAAUUGGAAAUUAAGAGACUGCUAGGAUCUUGAGCAAACCGAAAUGAUCAUCAGGCUGGCUAGUUUUUUCUGUUGACGUGCGUCAGCAGUGCAUUCAAAUGCAAAGCUCUGAAAUACCAUUCAAGAGACUCAGUUUUGUUGAGCCAUGAGGGCUCUGGCGAUUUCAUGUUUGUAGCUUGAAAAUGAUUUUUUGGCUGAAUAAUUUCAUCAAAAUAGAUAAUUCUGUGUGAGCUUACUGUACCGCGAUGUGUAUCGUUAUGCCUGGCAAAUGCUAGAGCAACCUUUCGUCUCACUUCCCCUUGGCGAGUCUGUUUAGUGUUUACUCGUAUCUGGGAUAAUUCAAAGUGAAAUGGGUUACAUGCAAAA